CUCUCUGGGUUCUCCGAGCUCCUAACUUUGCCUCUUCUCCGUCUCUCCUCUAUAUAUUUUCCUCGAACCUCUUAUUGCCAGGCCACAUUACUCUCUUCUCCUUCCAUCAGCUUCCAAGGUUCCCGCUUUCCACUGUUUGAAAUGACCGAGGGUCGCCGCCAUUUGCGAUCUUCCACCGCCAGCGAAUGUAUCCCAGAAAAGCUGCUUCCCGGAGAUAUGACUUCGGACCUCACGCUUAUCGAUGAGCAGUUAGCCAGGACCCAGCUCCGACAGCGCUGGGAGCUCGCAUUUGUUCUCAACUUCUUUCGCAUUUUUCGGCCUCUUAUUCCGAAGGAUCUGAAGAUUCCCGCUGAAGAGAUUGAGACGGCUCUCAUUGAAGCUAACAAGAACUUGGGACGCAUUCACAUCGCGCUUUUGAAGGGAGUUCCUCCUAUAGAUAAAAGAAUGACAAAUCCUGAUGCAUGGAUCACAUCAGUUUGCAAGAAGCUUGCAACAUGGUGGUCUUGGAUUGCUGAAGGAAAGAUUCCACUAAGAGCUGAUCGUGGGAGGGAGAUACCAUUAUACAAGCAACUUGAUCCAACUACUCGUCUACUGAUUUUAAAAGCACUCUGUGAUGUCCGUGCAGAGCAAGAUGACAUAUUGGAGUUUAUUGCAGACGGGCUGAAAAAGGGAAACUCUGUUGGUUUUUUUCGGAAGGAAGGGAUGGAGGUUGGUAACAGUGGAGUCAUUUACUGGUAUGAAGGCGAUUCAGUAAUUGGUCAUAGACUGUAUAGAGAAAUAGGUAAAACAUACUCUAAACAGAAUGCAAAAGGAAAGGAUUUCGUGGAACCUACAUUUGAGUCUCAGUGGGAAACUAUAGCUACUAAUCUUGAAGAAAUUUCUGGAAUAAUGGAUAGUCUUUCAUCAAGCAAGAUAUCUGGGGAAGCCUCUGUAGGGGAGACUUUAAAAACCUUGAUUCUUCCUGUUUUUGAGAAAAUUGAAAAGAAGAAAGCACGGAAACAAAGGCUUGCUCGACUAUUAGAAGGUUCUCAAAAUUGUAGACAUGGGCCUGCACGCUCUUGCCGUAAUCAUAGGCCCCCAAUAUACACAUUUGAUAUGUAUGAUCGCUCUAUUGAUGAGGCCUUAAGGACAUCGGACCCAAAUUAUGUGGAACCAAGGAAGCGAAAAGGAUAUCAAUACGAGAAUGACUUCAACAAGCAAUAUCCUUCCCUAAAUGGAAGAAACAUGGACACACUGAAUGAAAUCUCUGGCAAUGAUGGAGACCCCAAGAGUUCUGAGGUUAACAAUGAUGUGAAGAACAUGGAUGACCUCAGCAAUUAUGAUGAUGAGGAUGAUGAUUGUGAAGCACAGAAAGAUGGUGCCGGACUUGAUGAUGGCGAAACACUCGACUCUGAAUUCGAGAAGAAAAAUACGAAUGCAUCUUCGAAACCCGCACAUGAGAAGAAUCACUCAAAUGAUAAAAUAGAUGCUCGGCUGCGUCGGAGCAGCCGGAUUUUUAAUGCUUAUCAUGCAGUGACAAAGAAAAGGCUGAGGGAGAGACCAACUAAAAAUGCAGGUUACAAUGAGGGCAUUUCAUCAGAUUCUGAGCACGAGAACCCCACAAAAAGAAUCAAACAAAAUGCGACAGAUUUAAGCUAUAAUGGUAACUCUCCCAUCAACAUUGAUUCCAAUGAUGAAUCACAGAAGAAAUCUGGUGAAUAUCUUUCUUAGUUUGACCAUGCUUUGGAUGUAAAGUUUUGAUUCCUUUCUCAUUUGCGGUAUACGAAAGCUAGAGAAAAUUUUGACGCCCUGCCCUGUUUUUGUAGCGUUGCAUUAUAGGGUUAAACAAGUUUAAAAUGUUCUAAUUAUUAUUAACUGUUUGAUCUGAUUUGUAGUUGUCGACUUGAAUAUUAUUUGCCUCAUUGGCAUUUUUGCGACCAACACAUCAAGUAAUC